AUGAGACUCAGCUGCAACGGCUGCCGCAUUCUCCGAAAAGGUUGCACCGAUAACUGCACCAUCCGCCCUUGCCUCCAGUGGAUCCACUCUCCCGAAUCUCAGGCCAACGCCACCCUCUUCCUCGCCAAAUUCUACGGCCGCGCCGGCCUCCUCAACCUCCUCGACGCCGCCCCGCCCCACCUCCACCCAGCUGUGUUCAAGUCGUUGCUGUACGAGUCUUGUGGGAGGAUUGUGAAUCCGGUGUACGGCUCGGUGGGUUUGUUCUUGACGGGGGAGUGGGAUCGCUGCCAGGCUGCCGUCGAUGCGGUCAUGAUGGGGUCGGACAUCAGCGGCGGCUCCGCCGGUGGCGUGGCGGUUUCGGAUUCGCAUGGGGUUGAUCAAGGUUUUGUCGCUGCUUGCGAUAUACGCCACGUGGCGAGAGAAGGGCAAGCGAACAAGAUGAAAGGGAGGGGGCGGUUCAAGAGGAAUGGGAAGGUGAUAAAGCCAAAGGCGCGAGUGGGUUGGGUGGACUCGUCGGCGCUGUGGAAGCCGGUUCAGGAAAUGUCAGAGAGCGACAGCGUCUUCUCCGGGGAGACCGUCGAGGCCAGCUUGGCGAACCGGGAUGGAGAUCAAGAUGCGGACCGAGCCGGAAAAGCUCCGCUUAAUCUGAACCUGAGCCUUGGAGAAUACUAGCUAAACCGUGUUUUUUUUUUUUGGAGUUCAAAGGUUUCUUUUGAUAAUUAGCCAUGUCCUUUUA